AUGCCGCCUGUGCCUCCUCAAAAAGUUGAAUUUCCCAAAUUUGUUGAUUCGUUAUGGUGCGUUUACGUUGUUUCUGUACUUGCAGCCUUUAAUGCUGAAUUUGUUACCUAUCCAUUAGAUUUAAUUAAAACACGAUUACAAAUUCAGGGAGAACAAUCCAAAAAUGGGAAACUCGGACAGACUCCCUACAGAGGAAUGUUCAAAACAGCGAUCGGGAUCGGUAAAGAAGAGGGAAUCGGAAGAUUAUGGCAGGGUGUUCAUGCAGCCUUCCUCAGACACAUGAUUUAUUCUGGAACCAGAAUAAUUACUUACAAAGCGCUCAAAGAAAAAUUUCUGAAGAAACAUCCCGAGCAAAGUCAGUUUCCAUUGUGGCAAUCAGCAGUAUGUGGUGUAUCCGCUGGUGCUUUCGCGCAAUACUUGGCGAGUCCAACGGAUCUUCUGAAGGUUCAAAUACAGAUGGAGGGAAAACGGAAGGUGUUAGGCUUGCCGCCCAGAGUCCAUGGCUUGGCUGAUGCUUUUCAAAAAGUUUGGGCUAGUGGUGGCGUUAAAGGACUGUGGAAGGGAUCAGUUCCUAAUGUUCAACGGGCCGCUUUAGUAAACUUGGGCGAUUUGACAACAUACGACAUGGCAAAAAGAACAAUCAUGAAGCACACAGAUCUACCUGAUAACUAUAUACUGCAUAUUUUGUCAAGUAGCUGCGCUGGUUUCGUAGCUGCUGCAAUGGGAACCCCUGCAGAUGUAAUUAAAACUAGGGUAAUGAAUCAGCCAAUGGACGAUAGAGGGAAGGGAACUCUCUAUUCAUCGUCUAUAGACUGCUUGAGAAAAACAAUAAAACAGGAAGGACUGGUUGCCCUUUAUAAAGGUUUUUUACCAAUUUGGAUGCGAAUGGCUCCUUGGUCUUUAACAUUUUGGUUGACAUACGAAGAGGCUGUUAAAUUAAUGGGUGCUAAGAGUUGGUAG